UCUGCAAGGUUCCUCUGGUGUUGUCAAGACCUGAAAUUAGAAUUUGAAGACAAACAUUUGAAUGCAAAGUGGAGAACUUUCAACAAAUAUGGUCAUUUAUUCAAGAUUGUAGCUUGCACUCUACAAAUUAUUUUUUUCCCCCAUUAUAUUUACCUUUAUAUCAAAAGUCUGUUUAUUUUGCGGAACCAAGUGGAUUAGGAUCUGCAACAUUUGGAUCAAAAUUUGCUCAGAAGAGAUGAAAUACUUCAAGUGGUUGACGUUGGUGAUGAUUUGGAUGGUCCAGACUGAAGCGGAGCUCUGUCCUGGUGCUUGCACAUGCACCAAGAAGUCUGGACAAGAAAAGACAGAGGUCAACUGUCAUAAAAGAGGUCUUCGAGCUUUUCCCGUCAAACUUCCCUCAGAUGCUUGGCUCCUCAAAUUUGGUGAAAAUGGCAUCACAAACCUGCAGGCCAAUAUUCUGGGAUUAGUUCCAAAGAUAGAAAGCGUAAACUUGGAACAUAAUGCCGUCAAGUCCAUCCACCCUCGUGCGUUCUCCGGUGCAAAGACGCUAGCGCUACUUAAUCUUUAUAGCAAUCACAUCAAAAAUCUUCCACCAAGGGGAUUCAAGGAUCUGUUGAACCUUCGGUUCCUCAUGUUGGGACAAAACCAGAUUGGCACAUUGAAGCCUAAUAUGUUUCUCGGAAUGAGAAACCUGUCAGAGUUGGAUCUUCCCGAAAACGCCCUGACAGUGCUUCCAUCCAACACCUUCAAACCUUUAAUUGCUCUCAAGGUUUUAGAUCUUUCCCUGAAUCGUAUCCAAAAGAUCUCGCCAAAGGCCUUCACUGGACUUAGACACCUCAUGUUCCUCAACUUGGACAACAACAGUUUGAAGACUCUCCCAGCUGGAGCAUUCAAACCGUUGAGCUCGCUGGAGAUGCUAGUACUUGACAACAAUCUUUUGUCUACUCUGAGGCCUCCAAUGUUUGGUGGACUGGCUGUGUUGCAGGAACUCUAUUUGAGGAACAACGAUCUGGAACACCUGCCAUCUGAUGUGUUCAAGGACAUGCCUCGGCUAUCUCAGCUGGCUCUCAGUGGAAACCGCCUAAAGGCAGUGGAUGGAAACAUGUUGGCCCAAAUUCCUUCCCUGAAGAAGUUACACCUGCAUGGAAAUCCUUGGCUGUGUGACUGCAAUAUUUUCCCCUUGGUGCAAUGGAUGAAACAAACAAAUGUAACUUUGUCACCGCAGGAGGCCCUGAAAUGCGACACUCCUCUUGAGCUCAAAAAGAAAACCUUAAGCAGCCUUCAAGAAUCAAAAUUGCUUUGCCAUUUAUAAAGCCAAAUAGAAGAUGGAUGAAGGUAUCAAACCCAAGGCUUGGGGGCCAGAUAGGCUACAUGAUUUUAUGUGGUCCGCAAAGACAAAUUGUGCCAAUACUAAAAUUGCAAAUC